GAUCAAAAUACUUCCAAUAUUUUGACUUUCCAAUCAUAUUUAUAUUACAUUUUUGGAUAUUUACGUGCCUUCCUCAUUUGAACUAAUUUUGUCGGAAAAAGUUGAAAACAUAAAUAUGUUUCGUAUGUAUUAUCGAAGACUCUUCAUUUGUUUGGUGCUUUCACGUUGCUGUUUUUGCUGGCAAAGGACAGGACCAACAAUUCAAUUGAAACCACAAAAGUAACUCAAUUUCAUCCGAAACCCAGAAACUAUACAGCCACAAUUGUCAGAAGUAGACCAUCCGGUGGAUUCUUUGUACUGAGUUCCCAGUGCAAGAUUCCAUAUGUUGAUCCAUUUGCAAAAGAGCUCCUAGAUUGGGAACCAGUGAAAAUAGAGACCUGUCCUGAUGGACCGGAUUUAUUUAGCGUUUCGUACGAUCGUAUCAGGAGUCUUUAUAAGCUAAACUUUAAUAAAGACCUGGCUGAGAAGCAUUUUGCAGGCUAUUCCCAUUUGGUUGCACUUACAUUGAGAUAAUUCCGGAUCGAACAACUCCUCUGCUGAAUCAAAGCCUAUCAACUUUAAUCCUUACUGGAUAGUGCCUAGUCACUUACUGGGUAUUAUUGUCGAGUGUCAUGCUUUGGCAAACACUUCCCAAGUGAUGCAACGUGAUGCCUUUUCCUUUAUCCAAAAUCCCAGGAACCACAAAGAGGAAAAUAAUGCCAAAAGGAAACCCAGUAUCUUUAUCUUUGGGAUCGACAGCAUGUCGCGGAUAAACUUCCAAAGGACGAUGCCAUUCACCUCCAAUUUGUUCGCCAGGAAGGAUGGUUCGAAAUGGAGGGAUUCAACGGUGUGGGUGACAACAAAAUUAGUAACUUGAUGGCCAUACUUACGGAUGGCAAACUUUGGAAAGACAAACUCUUGUGUGAUCCAGAAAUCCCACUUGUCUUCACGAACUAACCAAGUUGUGGAAACACUUUCGGAAUGCUGGUUACCUCACAGCAUAUGCCGAGGAUGUGACUUCCGAUUAUUUUAAAGGACUCGGUAUGGAAUCCUUGCCGCUUCCGUUGGACUUUUAUUUGCGUCCCUUCUUGGUCAUCGUUGAGAAAGUUUUUAAGCAAUUGGGACUUUGCCUGGGUAGAAGAUAUAGUUUUAGCUACGCCUUCGAUUUUGCCAAGCAACUGAUUCAACGAUAUGUCUUUGAGCUACCAACUCCAAUCUUUGGCCUGUUCUGGACAAGUAGUUUCACCCAUAACAACUUUCGAGGUGGCAGGACCUUGGACGAGCUAUUUGUACGUUACCUGGAGGAGUUCCAGGAGUAUGGGCUAUUCGAAAGUUCCAUUGUGAUUCUGGUCAGUGAUCGUGGUUCAAGGGAGAAGAUUUUGGUAGAUCGUCCCUCUGGCUUUCUGGAGGAGCGACUGUCCAUGCUGCACAUUUACUUACCCCGCUGGUAUCAGCAGAGAUAUCCAUCGGAGGUCAGGGCUCUGCAAUUGAAUCAGAAUCGUUUGAGUUCCAAUUGCGAUCUGUAUUUAGGGAUUCGAGAGAUUGUAGAAAAGACUCGCCCGGGUAUAUGGUUCAUGGAGUCCACUUAUCCAUGUCAGUCGAUCCUAAAGAAACUCCCCAAGGAUCGCAAUUGCGAUGAUGCCUCAAUUCCUGCAAAUUGGUGUGCCUGUGUGCCCUUCAUCCGAGUUCCCAUUGAGCACUCAAUCGAUCAAAUGGCUUCGGUGGCUGUGUAUCGAAUGAACAAGUACUUGAAUAAGCUGAAUGUUGUCAGGUAUUGCUAUCUAAUGAUGUUGGAUCAAGUCCUGAAAGCGGAGCGUCAGUUGCACUUUGAUACGGAGGGAAAUGCAGUACUUCUCCUGGUCGAGUUGAGACAUUUCGACUGGUUUUCAUCACCCAACCGCAUGGAAUCAAGUUUUGGUCUAUGUUUCAAAGCAAUAACGACUCCAAUGUUGUGACCAUCAAUUGGAUGCAAUAACUCGGCUCAGUCCCUAUGACAGCCGCUCUAAUUGUAUGAAAGAUCAAAUGGCAAGGAAAUUCUGCAAUUGUCGCAAGUUCCA